ACGAUCUUUCAGAUGCAUAAAAUGGAGCGUGUUUUGUUAUCUCGCCUCAAACGACAUAUAGAUGGGACAAAUACCGAACUGGCUCAUUGCAAUAUUUCUGAACUCACAAUUGUGCUAAGAGAUAUGUUUCCAGACUACCGUAGACUGAAAGAAAAUGUUUUAAGCCGUUCUAUUGAAACGGCAUUACGUACUUUAAAGAAAAAACAGGAGAUCGAAUCUAAAAUAAAGGCUCAAAAUCAACUUUCAAACAACACAAACGGUGCUCUGACCUCAUUGUAUGCUAGAAACAUAAAAGCUUCGUCGUCUGAAAACGAAGAUAAUCUUAGUAACUCCGCCGAGGACCAGUCAAAAGAACGAAACGUAUCCGUCCCCAAAAGGUUACCUAAAUUUGUUAGUAAACCAAGAUUGAUUGUACCUGUUAUCAAUUUUUCUCACAUUGGAGGUCUAUCAUUCGCUGUCAGAAGGCUCUGCCAGUUUUCACUACAGUUUUUGCACUCUUCAGAUGUCACAAAUUUACCGCCCGCCUGCGGCUUACUAAUAACUGGUCCCAGUGGAUGCGGCAAAACUCUCAUAGCAGAAGCUUUUUGCGGUGAAUUUAAUUUGAAGAUGCUGAAAGUCAGCUGUCCUGAGCUAAUUUCGGGACUGUCAGGAGAUUCCGAGAAUAAAAUCCGAGAGAUGUUUGAGUUCUGUAAAAAUAACUCACCCUGUGUAUUGUUCCUUGAUGACAUUGACAGCAUUCUUCAAAAACGCGAGAGUUCGGGUAAGCAAAUGGAAUUUAGAAUCAUAUCCCAGUUUGUGCAUUGUUUUGACGACUUAAUAAAUAGUUACAAAGAAUCGAAAGUUCUCGUGAUUGGAACUACAACUUCUGGUGACAUAAUUGACCCAAUGCUUAGACGUGCGGGUCGAUUCGAUACCGAAAUUUCACUUGGCAUGCCCAACAUUGAUGAUCGCGUUGAAAUUUUAAAAGCACUCAGCAAAGAUGCGCCACUGGAGAAAGAAUUGGACUUAGAAUCAGUUGCUCUUUUCACUCCUGGUUUUGUGGGAGCCGAUCUCAAAGCUCUUUUACGAGAAGCUGCUCUUAUAGGAUUUUAUCGUACCUGUAAAUUCGAUCUGAUAUCAGAUAAUAGCAGAUAUGGACCUGAAUACUCGAUGUUGAAAAACGAAAUGGUUACUAUCGAUGACAAAAACGAAAACAAAAAUUUCCAAAUACAGCUUGGCGAUUUUCAACAGGCUGUUACUAAAAUUCAACCAUCAUCAAAACGAGAAGGUUUCAUCACAGUUCCUAAUGUUUCAUGGAAUGAUGUGGGAGCUUUACAUGAAGUUCGCAAGGAACUGAAACUAGCAAUUAUUUACCCUGUGAAGCAUCGUCACUUGUUUGACGCGUUUAGUCUCUCGGCUCCUCCGGGAAUACUUUUAACUGGACCACCUGGUUGCGGUAAAACGUUGAUGGCCAAGGCGGUCGCGAAUGAAGCAGGAAUCAAUUUCAUAUCGGUGAAAGGUCCAGAACUACUCAAUAUGUAUUUGGGGGAAUCCGAACGUGCAGUCAGACAGGUUUUCAGUCGUGCUAAAAACUCGGCCCCCUGUGUGAUCUUCUUCGACGAAAUAGACGCCCUCUGUCCGAAGAGAAAAGACUCGGACCAUGGUUCUAGAGUGGUUCAGCAAUUCCUCACUGAGUUGGACGGUGUAGAGUCCAGAGAGGGUGUGUACAUUCUGGCAGCUACGAACAGGCCAGAUGUGAUUGACUCGGCACUUUUGCGGCCAGGCAGAUUUGACAAAAUACUACCUGUGCCGAUUCCAUCGGCAAGCGACCGCUUGGACAUCUUGCGAGCAUUGACUAAAAAUGGAACCCAACCUUCGUUUUGCAGCGAAUGCAAGCUAGAGGAUAUAGCUCAGCAUAAAAAAUGCGUUAACUUCUCAGGAGCUGAUUUGGCGGCCUUAGUAAGAGAAGCUUCAUUAAUUGCUCUUCAAGAAAUCCUGAUAGAACUCGAUUCAGAUGAUGCAAUGGCAACCGAAUCAAGGCUGAAAGAGAAAAGCCUUGCCUCUAAAUGUGUGGUCUCGAAACAUCAUUUUGAAAAAGCUUUCUUGCAAGUUAGAAGUUCAGUUGAGAAAUCAGAUUUUGCAUACGCGCAAUUCUUCAAUAAAAAGUCUUAAAACCUGU